AUGGAUGACUCUGCCACUGGUCACCAUCCCCAAGACCAUUUUAGAGACAUCCACGAUGACACCAAUACUAAUAAUACUCACCCACACCUCCAUUCCACUAAUUCACCUCCUCUUCUUCCUCCUCCUCCUCCCACCACCACCAUAACGUGCUCCCCUGGACUCGAGAGCCCAUCCACUCUUAGCAGAAAAGGUAAAGGAAAAGGAGGACCGGAUAACAGCAAGUUUAAGUACAGAGGUGUUAGACAACGUAGCUGGGGCAAAUGGGUCGCCGAGAUCCGUGAGCCACGCAAACGCACGCGCCGCUGGCUUGGCACGUUUUCAACCGCUGAAGAUGCUGCACGCGCCUACGACCGUGCCGCCGUUAUACUCUACGGUCCAAGAGCUCAACUCAACCUCCAGCAACCUUGCACUGACGGUAGCACCACCACGUCUGCUUCCUCUUCACACUCUUCUUCUUCCUCCUCUUCCCGCGGUGGAAGUGGCAGCUCCUCUUCCUCCACCACUCAAACUCUCCGACCAAUACUCCCACGCCCCGCAGGUUUCAGUCUCACCUUUUCCAAUCCUCAUGCGCCACUAUCCGUCCCUGCUUAUGGGAAUUACUUGCCCUACAGAUUAAUCUACCCAACCCUAAAUCAUAGUACAAACGACAUCGAAACUAGUGGUACUGCUAAUCUAAUACAAUACCCACUACACGUUGUGAAGCAGCAACAAGCGUACUUGCCCUACAACAGCAUGGGCAACAUCAAAGUACCCAAGAGUGAGGACCCCACCUUUCGAGGGAUACCAGGUUUCAACUCUUAUGAUCCAAACCCUAACCCUAACCCUAGAAGCAAUUGGAUAAGUGAAAAUUCCCAACAACAGUUGCAACAAUGCCAAGAUUAUAGAGGGAAUAGUUCUGAGAAGGAUGAUGAUGAGAUUAAAGCGUUGGUGGGUUCAGUGGGAUCAAGCGUUUCACUUGUAUCGAGCUCUUCGCCACCUAUGGCGGUCGCGGAAACAGUGUCAGAUCCAACGGUUGUUGGCGGUCCAUCGUCUCCUAUUUGGUCGUACACACACGACGACGAGUACCCACCACCUAGUAUUUGGGAUUACGGCGAUCCAUCGUUUGAUUUUUGA